CGAAUUUGAGUCAAAAGUGCACCUUCAUUCAUUCAAUAUGCCCAAGGAAAAGAAGGCAGGCGGCAAGUCCAAGCGCGCCUGUGCGCUUGAGAAGCAACUUGCAUUUGACGCCAAGCCCAAGUACAAGAACAAGGCGAACAAGGGCGGCGGCGACUCGGAUGAAUCGGACGACGAAGGCGAUGCCUACGUGCCUCGCAAACUCACGAGCAAGACGCUGGCCAUGGCGCGCGAACAGCAAGCCGAAGAGGCCGAGUUGUUGUUUCGAAAGCAGCAAUCCAAAGCUGGCUCGUAUGCACCCCAAGCCAGGGUGGCCAACCUGGCAAUUGACAGCGACGACAGCGACGACGACGACGACGAUGGCGGGUUCAACGACAUGGUGGACGACGACGACGACGAACUCGUGCGGUUGCAAGACGGGUAUGUGGAAGACGUCGAGAUCUGCGAAGAAGACGAGCAAGUGCUCGCCAACUUUUUGAUGGGGGCGCCGGAACGCCGCAACCUGGCCGAUAUCAUCAUGAGCAAAAUCCACGAAAAGGAAGCCCGCGACAACGGCGACGAGGACGAGUCCAUGUCCCAGGUAGGUGCUACCAGCGGCCAGACGUUCGACCCCAAGAUCAUUGAAGUGUACACGGGCGUGGGCAAGAUCCUGCAGCGAUACACGAGCGGCAAGCUGCCCAAGGCAUUCAAGAUCAUCCCGUCGCUGAGCUACUGGGAGGACAUCCUGUGGAUGACGCAGCCGGACAAGUGGUCCCCUCACGCCAUGCGCGCCGCCACGCGCCUCUUCGCGUCCAACCUCAACCCGAAGAUGGCGCAGCGCUUCUUCAACAUCUUCCUGCUAGAGCACUGUCGCCAAGACAUCCGAGACAACAAACGUCUCAACUUUCACUUGUACAUGGCUCUCAAGAAGGCGCUGUACAAGCCCCAAGCGUUCUACAAGGGCAUCAUCCUGCCGCUAUGCGAGUCCCAGAACUGCUCGAUCCGCGAAGCCGUCAUCAUAGGCUCCACCCUCGCCAAGGUGUCGGUGCCGGUGAUCCACUCGGCCGCGACGCUCAUGAAGCUGGCCGAGAUGCCGUACUCGGGCGCCAACAGUGUGUUCAUCAAGAUUCUGCUCAACAAGAAGUACAGUCUGCCCACGCGGGUGAUCGGCGCCCUCGCCACGCACUUUGAAAGCUUCGUGGACGACUCCCGGGAGAUGCCAGUGCUGUGGCACCAAGCUCUGCUUGCGUUUGUUGAGCGCUACAAGAACGACAUCACCAAGGAACAUCGGGAACUGUUCAAGGUGCUGUUCAAGACGCACGUCCACCACCAAAUCACACCCCUCGCCCGAAGGGAAUUGUUUAACGAAUAAAUAAUAUCAUGGUACAUUCACCAU